AGAGCAGAGCCAGGCGUCUCUUGCUUGGCUUUGCUGCUGGGCGCCAUGGAUUCCUUGCAGCGCCGCUGGCAGGCCUUUCUGGAGCAGCCUGGCUGGCUGGGCGACCUCCUGGGCAACCUGGAGGCCAGGACCGGGCUCCAGAGGCAACACCUGGCCACAGGUACGGUUGCUUUCCUGGGACUCUACCUAAUGUUUGGAUACGGCGCUUCCCUGCUCUGUAAUCUCAUCGGCUUUGUCUAUCCGGCUUAUGCCUCCAUCAGAGCCAUUGAGAGCUCCACCAAAGAGGACGACACGACAUGGCUGACCUAUUGGGUGGUCUAUGGCCUCUUUAGCGUGGCAGAGUUCUUCUCCGACACCUUCCUCUACUGGUUCCCCUUCUACUACGCUGGGAAGAGUCUCUUCUUGGUCUGGUGCAUGGUCCCUGUCUCCUGGAAUGGCUCCCAGGUCAUCUACCGCCAAGUCAUCCGUCCGUGGUUCCUCAGGCAUCACCAGACGGUGGACAGUGUCCUCAAUGACCUCGGGGGACGAGCCGCCGCAGCAUCCAAGGAAGUGCUCCAAUCGCUGGCAAACAGCUGAACUCUUCCGCCUCCAAGGGCAGCUUCCAGCCACCGGCUCCGCUCCUUCUCUCCAAAGAAGCCAUCAAGCGAACUCUCCGAACAACAGAAGACUGAAGAAGCACUGAUAAUUUAUUUUUUUUAAGACCCAAAACUCCAAGUGAAAUAAAGGGUGCCCAGAUUC